AUGUCUAAGUCAGAGUCUCCCAAAGAGCCGGAACAGCUGUGGAAGCUCUUCAUUGGAGGGCUGAGCUUCGAAACAACUGACAAAAGCCUGAGGAGCCAUUUUGAGCAAUGGGGAACACUCACGGACUGCGUGGUAAUGAGAGAUCCAAACACCAAGCAAUCCAGGGGCUUUGGGUUUGUCACAUACGCCACUGUGGAGGAAGUGGAUGCCGCUCUGAAUGCAAGACCACACAAGGUGGAUGGAAGAGUUGUGGAACCUAAGAGAGAGUCGAGAGAAGAUUCCCAGAGACCGGGUGCCCACUUAACUGUGAAAAAGAUCUUUGUUGGUGGUAUUAAAGAAGACACUGAAGAACAUCACCUGCGAGAUUAUUUUGAGCAGUAUGGAAAGACUGAAGUGAUUGAGAUCAUGACUGACAGAGGCAGUGGAAAAAAGAAAGGAUUUGCUUUUGUUACUUUUGAUGACCACGACUCUGUGGACAAGAUUGUUAUUCAGAAAUACCAUACUGUGAAUGGCCACAACUGUGAAGUCAGAAAAGCCCCGUCAAAGCAGGAGAUGGUUAGUGCUUUGUCCAGUCAAAGAGGUCGAAGUGGUUCCGGAAACUUUGGUGGUGGUCGUGGAGGUGGUUUUGGUGGCAAUGACAAUUUUGGUCGAGGGGGGAACUUCAGUGGUCGUGGUGGCUUCAGUGGCAGCCGUGGUGGUGGUGGAUAUGGUGGUAGGGGGGAUGGCUAUAAUGGAUUUGGUAAUGAUGGAAGCAGUUUUGGAGGUGGUGGAAGCUACAAUGAUUUUGGCAAUUAUAACAAUCAGUCUUCAACUUUUGGACCAAUGAAGGGAGGAAACUUUGGAGGCAGAAGUUCUGGCCCUUAUGGUGGUGGUGGCCAGUACUUUGCCAAACCACGAAACCAAGGUGGCUAUGGUGGUUCCAGCAGCAGCUAUGGCAGUGGCAGGAGGUUCUAAUUACAGCCAGGAAACAAAGCUUAGCAGGAGAGGAGAGCCAGAGAAGUGACAGGGAAGCUACAGGUUACAGCAGAUUUGUGAACUCAGCCAAGCACAGUGGUGGCAGGGCCUAGCUGCUGUAAAGAAGACAUGUUUUAGACAAUACUCAUGCGUAUGGGCAAAAAACUCCAGGACUGUAUUUGUGACUAAUUGUAUAACAGGUUAUUUUAGUUUCUGUUCUGUGGAAAGUGUAAAGCAUUCCAACAAAGGGUUUUACUGUAGAUCUUUUUCCACCCAUGCUGUUGAUUGCUAAAUGUAAUAGUCUGAUCA